AUGCUCUUCGUCAAGGCCAUGGCCCUGUUGGCCACAGCUGCCAGUGCGGCACCAUUUGCUGAACGCAGUCUCAACAGCACCAAGUGGACACCGGAGCAUAUUCUCCAGCCAGGAGAAGUCAUCCUGUACGGCGAAGGCCGCAUGGAGGUUGUCCAUGAGAGCGUCUAUCACGAGCUUAUCAGCUCGCAAGCGCUUUCCGAUCACCCAGGCGACUUUAACGAUGCCGAGGGGACCUCUUCUGCCGGCAACAGCUCCAAGCUCCACUCCCGAGACUCGUGUGAUCUGACCACCGCAGUCAUCACGGACUCAACCCAAACAUUCGUCGACUGGGACGUCCAAAUGUCGCCCGUUGUAAUUGGCACCGGAAAUGGCCUGGACGUCUCCGUCAGUUCGGGUUACUCCGUGGCCAACAGUAUCAGCGUGAGUGUCGGAGUGGACCUGGAUUUGAUCAAGGACAAGCUGGGCGGCUCAGCUGGUAUUGACUACACUCGUACAUGGACUACCCAGACGGUGGUCACUGUCAAGGGAACCGUUGCCGACGGUUAUUCUGGUGUUAUGAUCACCAAGCCUAUCAAAACACGCAAGAAUGGUCGAGUCCUCAAGGGUUGUCUUGGUGCGCAGACUCAGGAGGGGACAUUUUCUGCUGAUUCUUAUGAGGACGGGUAUUAUGCUGGAGUGAAGUGGGUUUCUGGUGCAAUCACGAUGUGCAGCAAGAAGGAGUUCCCUCUUUCGAGAUGCUCUGGAGGUGGAUACUUUGUCUGA